CAAACGUAAAUAUUUAUAAGUAUUCUCCUUGUGUUGGCCACGGGACUUCUGUGUUAACCAGUGAUUGGGCAUCAUAUCAGGUUGAAGUACUCUUAUCAUAUAAUUCAGUAUGCUCAGUACGAAGUGUAUGUCAGGACUACUGCGGAUGAGACCUGCAGUGCUCAGUAUACGCACAAUGUCAUCUCCACCAACUGAUGGGUACUCAUAUGAGACAUUAGCAGUGUCUGUGCCCAAGGAGAAUGUCUUCCAUGUUCAACUUAACCGUCCAGAUAAGCUUAAUGCUUUGAACAAAGUUCUUUGGAGGGAGAUAGGUGAGUGUUUUAAUCAGCUGGCUGAUGAUUCAGACUGCAGAGCAGUGGUACUCACUGCUGCUGGUAGAAUGUUUACAUCAGGAAUUGAUCUUUCUGACUUGGCAAUGUUGGCUGGCAUUGUUAUGAGUGAUGACGACCUGGCCCGUAAAUGCCGUGCAAUGAGAAAAGUCAUAACAACAUAUCAAGAAUCUUUUACUUCCUUAGAGAAGUGUUCCAAGCCGAUAAUUGCUGCUGUACACAAUGCCUGUGUUGGGGGAGGAAUAGACCUUAUUUGCUCUGCAGAUAUCAGAUAUUGCUCCUCUGAUGCAUGGUUCCAAGUAAAAGAAGUGGAUGUUGGUUUGGCAGCAGAUGUUGGAACACUGCAACGCCUUCCAAAGAUCAUAGGAAAUGAGAGUCUUGUUCGAGAGUUGUCGUUCUCUGCUAGGAAAAUGUUUUCCAGUGAAGCACUUCAGUGUGGCUUUGUAUCAAGAAUUUUUGCUGAUAAAGAAAGCUUAGUAGAAGGAGCCCUAGACAUGGCGUCUACUAUUGCCAGCAAGUCUCCUGUAGCUGUCCAGACUACUAAAAUGGCCUUAGUACAUGCCCGAGACCACUCUGUUCAAGAGGGACUGGACUAUAUUGGAAACUUGAAUAUGUCAAUGUUACAAAGUGAAGAUGUGCGAAUUGCUGCCAUGGCAGAGAUGAGCAAGGGAAAGAGUAAGGCAACAUUUUCAAAACUAUAAAUACAACAUUUUCGUAAGACAAUAAAAAGCUGUUGGUAGUAAAGAGAAGACAGGUAGUAUUAUAAGGUUUGUAUCCAAUUUUUCCAGUACAGUAAUUACAUUGGUGAAACACUCAUAGAGCAAUCUGUCUGUCUAGUUUAUUUUCUGAAAAUUGGAUGAUGAAUUACAGUUUUAAUCAUAUUAUUUAACCAGUCCCUUAGUUAGGGUUUACUUUCAAAUUGUAUUAGUUGUUAACAAAUAUAAAUGGUGCUUAUAACCCAUUGCACUUUAUCUUGGCAAUAAAACAAAGGAUUAAUGUUUUGGAGGAAGAUUUGGUAACUAAAGGGUUUUGGAAAAUUUUCAACGUGUUUCUGUUGUGGUAGUGAAAAAUGUUAAUUUAUAGACAUACAUUACUGUAUAUAUAUAUAUAUAUAUA